AUGGAAAUAGUUGAAUCUGAUAUAAUUGAAGUUAAAACGAAGGUGAUGAAUCUAGCGCUAAACAUGGAGUCUAUGAAUAUUCUCGCAAUCUAUGUACACAAUCUGAUUCAAGAUUUUACCGAAGACGAAAGUGGAGCGGUAACACCUAUACGAUCACGUUACAUCCACUUGGAGCCACAUGGCUUCACGCCAAGUCAUAUCUCUGAACUCCUUCGUGGCCAACAAGUUAAUGAAUCUCAGCACAUAGGUGAAAGAAUCGCUAAUAAAAUCAAUCGUUCACUUACUAAAGAUAGAACUCUCCGAGAGCCCAUCUUCGUGAACGUCCAUGUUGAAUUUGUCAAAGAGAGGCGUUUGGUAUUGCCGUCUGAAGUUCCUGCUUCGUUUGAAGUAUUUCAGAGAUUGGUGGAAGAACAUAGAGUGGAUUUGAAAGGAGAUAAAGAAACUCAGUGUUCAAUUUGCAUUGAGGAUUUGUCCAAGAGUCAACAAAGCAUCAUUAAGAUGCCUAACUGUUUGCAUAUCUUUCAUCAAAACUGUCUUUUCGAGUGGCUUAGUCAAAAAAACUCGUGUCCGUUGUGCCGGAGUUUCGUACAACCGAGGAUCAAGAAAUAG